CGCAUUUAAUUAAAUUUUACAAACAACAAAAAGUAUAGCCAAUUGCAAUAUGCUGUGUGUUUGUUUUGCAAGUUACAAUUGCUUAAAGAACUAAAGAUCGUGGAGACAUGGACCUGCAACAGUUUCUCUCAUUGGAGCGCAAGCAACUGCAGAAGGAUCGAGAGCGUCUUUCCACGGCAUGCCCCGCCGCCCUGCUAAUGCAAAACAGCGACUACAUGCCAAUGCAAUGUCAGCGCAGGGCCAAGGAGUCCAAUGAACUCCUUUCGGAGUCGUCUUCCCUAGCAACCGGCAACCAAAACUUAAGCGAAGAACUUCACUUGGACUUGAGCCACCUGGGUGGGCCCGACGGGGAGUCCGAGGGGAGUGCCAGCCCAACCAAAUCGACCAAGGAAUUCGCAAACCAGCGUCAGCUGCUUGUCGGAAGCGCCCGGCAAUACAAAUCGCCAGAUGUGGCGUCGCGACGCAAUUUGGAAAGCGGGCGACCGCUAAGUGAGAAUCGCUUGCCAAUUCGGCGCACGGAUGACAUGGAGCAAUGGGUUACGGACACAUUUUAUUCGUAUUUCCCCGGCUUUAACAAUGAAAAUCAGAAACGGCAAACUUAUUUGCGUGAGCGACAGCGCGAGAACCAGCAGAACUUUCUCAAGCACCAGAUGCUUCAUCCGCCGGUCACAAAGCAUCAGCGACCGGGACAAGUGAGGAAGCCAUCGCAAGCGCCUCCAGUUGCAGCUCCUGCUGGUGCUUCCAUUACGGCACGGUCCAGCCAAUCCAGCACCAGCACCUCGAAUCACAGCACCACGGACAAGACUGACUUAGAGUUAAUUGUAAAUAGUAACCCGAAUUAUGUGCCGCCCAAAGUCCGUUCGACCACCACGCGUAACAAGCUGCUACAGGAUCUGGGCCAUGUCGAGCUCUCGAAUAUUGUGACGGGCGAUGGGAUUAUGGAGCGUAAUCUGCGUAGUGCCGAGCUGGAGACGGCCCGCAAAAAGGAUUAUCAGCGCGAUCUUAUGCUACAGAUUGAGGAGAAGCGCCGCUCCAUAGAGUUGCUCAGAGAGAAGGAGCGUCGACAGGAGGAGGCAUUGACCAGGCGACUGGAGAAUCAGCUCAAAACCAUACAGCUAGAGGAGCAAUUGGAAAAGGAGCGAUUGCGCGUUGAAAAGGCUCGCAAUGACACGGAACAUAACCGCUUGAUGCGAGAGCAGUUGCUGGCCAAGCUGGAGCAGGACGCACAGCUGCUGCUGGUCAAGGAGAGCAACAACAACCUGGCCGACACACCCAGAUCACAUCGGAGUAAAAAGAACAUUCACAACAGCACGAAUAACAUAAGCAGCGAGGCAACCGCCAAUAAGGUUUAUAAAUAUUUUAGUAAUUCUGCACACCACGAAUACAGACGUGGCCAGCCGCUGCCGCCAGCCGUUGAGCUGGACUUUGAGCUGCCGCAAAUGGCCAAGAUCGAACGAGAGUGCUUCCAUCUGUGCGAGAAGAUAUGCCCGCUGUGCGACGAGCCGCUGAAGAGUUACGAGAGCUGCUGUCUGCGAUGCCAGCGCAAGCUGGCAGUGAAACUGAAGCAGACGGAAGACAGCAAAGAAAAGCAGCCGAAGGAACACAAUGGAAAUGAAAAUGGAAUUGAGGGAGAUGAGGAUCCAGACGACCCACAGCAUAAUUGUCAGAGCAGCUAUGCGCUGGUGUGCCAUAAGUGCGAGCGACUGUAUGCGAUGUGCAGCCAGUGCCUGGCCAAGAGUGAUGUGUGUCGAGCGUGCCAGCGCGAGCGCAAUGUCUGCAUGAACUGUCGCCGCAAUUUGUGUUCGUUUUGCCUAGAGGAGGUUGCCUGUGGCCGCAACACGGAACGCACGCAUGUCAAUGAGACAACUGAUGUCACUGACAGAGAGCCGCAUUUGGACAAUGCAUUUCGAGUGCUGGAAUUGAAUUAUGAAGUGCCAGCCGUGAAGGAAUCAACGGCCAGCAACCUCAUGCAAUCUGACGCAUCGCCUCCCUACUCCAUUAACAUUGCGCGUAAUUCUGUUUUCCACUCCGAGUACAAGCCGACGCCCGUCAAGCCAUCCUUUGUGGAGGAGCUGCCCACAUUCUCGGGGAGUGCCAACGUCAGCCUUGAGGUCGACAGCGCAGACGAGCAGGCCAUGGAGCGUGUGCGUAGGCAAACGGACCAGCGCUUGUCGCGCUAUCUCCAGAACUACGGCGAUCUGGCCUCCAAGCAGCAAAAGAAGCUGCGGAAACAGGAUCAGCUUCAGCUGCACCGCAGCAAGAGUGAGUCCCGUCAUCGUGGCACUCAAACGACGCCUCAAUCUUUGGCCAGACGUGAUGUAGUGCUAAGGGAGGCUCCCGGUCACAAUCUCUCGAUGCCGCUGCUGCGUGAAAUGCCCAAAAUGACGCGUAAGGAAACGGCCGUCACAUUGCCCGGAAAUGGUCAACACAACAUUGACAGUCUCAAAAAGCGUUGGGAGGUGCCCGCCGUACAAAAGUUCACCGUUUCCAACUCAUCGCCCAAAAUCCUCACACAGGUGGGCGCCAUCCGCAAACAGUUACAGGCUGCCCGAUUCUUUGACGAUGUUGUCGAUGAACCCGAUGAUUAUUGAGGGCCAUACAGACGUCUUCGUUUAGAUUUUCACACGUU